AUGCCAUCGGAAAGGUCGAUCGUGAGCACGGCCCUCUCCGCUGCCCUCGGUCAAGUGUGGGAGUGCAUCGAGUUCUGGACGCCGCUCACUUCAGUGAUCAUCAUCCUCUGGCUUCUCUACCGCCCCGACCACUUCUACCCUACCGUCGAUUCUGCCGUCCUCGCCACCCUCAACCUCACCACAGAUGAGCCACCGAAUCUCCAGUACGACCUGGCCGUGAACGUCAGCUUCCGCAACUCUCACAGCCGCCUCAGCAUCCGGUAUCUUGACAUUAGCGCCACCGCCUUCUGCGGUAGCGGUACCAAGCUUGGCCCAGCCGACGAUGCACUUCCAACGCCCUUUCGCCAGGGCCCCAAGAACACAACCGUGCUGCACCCAGCAUUCCGGGGCAUGGUGGCUGUGGAUUCCAUGGUGACGGCAUGGCUGAAGAAGGAGCUCGAAGCAGGGAUGGUGCAUGUGAACCUGAGAUUGUCACUGACAAUCAAGUACAGGGUGAUGUGGCCCUUCAUUGAGAUCUUCUUCUACAAGUACGAUUGCUGGCUACGGUUCCCGCCGCCAGGCCUCGCGGCGCCAGCCAUCUUUGAUGCGGGCACGCGGUGCUGGGUCGUCAGCUAAGCUAGAAGCAGGUUAAUUACCAUGGAGUUCUUUAUGACCAAGCUAAUCCGUGACACGUUGACAAAGAGGUGGAUCUUCAUCAAGGGACGAACAGUUGGACGUUUUGUCUGCGGUGGAUAGAUUUCUGGGAGGCUACCUCGCUGGUUGUUGUUCGUUCUUGCUAGUUGGUGAUGUCUUUUGCUUUCCAAGUUUGUGGUGUUAGCUUUUAUUGUUUGUUUAUGUUUCGUCUUCCCAGGCUUAGUGAUGUUCUAUGCUUGGUCUGGCAUCUCCAUCGGGUUAGUCUAUGUAAUCUUAGGCUUAAUGGUAGCACUCCUGCAUUACUUUAUAAAGAAAAAAAGUUACUAGCUACUACAUAAAAGUGCUUUAAAUGAUUUUGUUAUCUGUUGGGAUU